AUGUCCCUUCCCACCGAAUCCAAGGCGGUCUUCCAGCCUGACCCCUCGUCAACCAAGCUCGAGUCAACCACCCUCCCCAUCCCCAAGGCGACCGAAAGCGAGCACCUCAUCUACGUCUACGGCACUUCGCCCUGCCUCGGCGAGUUGGGAUGGGAGAAGAACUUCCCCGCUCUCUUCAAGGAGCGCAAGGCUCGUGUACCGGGCACGGAGGGCGCCGGUGUCAUCGCGAAGGCCCCAGAGGGCUCGCCCUACAAGCCUGGCGACGCUGUCAUGUGGCGUAACAACGCCUGGAUGUGGGGCAGCCUCCGCGGAGUUACUGCUAUCCUGGAGGAGAACAUUGCCCCCAAGCCCGAGUGCCUUUCUUGGUCCGAGGCUGCCGCGACACCGCUCUCGACCUUGACUGCGUGGGACGGCGUCUUCACCCACGGGCCCCUUGACCCCGCCGCGCUCGAGGGUGACUCCGCUGCCCGCAAGAAGAACGAGGGCUACCGCAUCCUCAUCACCGGCGCCAGUGGAGGCGUUGGUGGGUGGGCCGUCCGCCUCGCUGCUGCUGCUGGCGCCCACGUCAUCGGCUUCGGCGGCGGUGCGGCAGCUGAUGGUUGCAAGAAGGACGGUGCCGAGGCGUACCUCGACUACAAGCAGGAUGACCUCGCCCAGCUUCCCGAGAAGGUUGACCACAUCUUUGACUGCACCGGCCGCGAUACUGAGAAAGGCUGGUCGAUCUUGAAGGACAACGGCAGUUUCGUUUCUGUCUGUGUCGACCCGAACUCGACCAAGCCUGAACGCAAGCCUGUCAAGGAUGCCAAGUGGUUCCUUGUCGAGCCCAGUGGGAAGAACCUCGCUCGCAUCUCCAAACUCAUCCAGCAGAAGGGCUGGAAGCCUGUCCUCGACUCGGUCGUGCCGUACGACCAGUUCCAACAAGCGUACGACAAGGUAGACUCCGGCAAGACGCGGGGCAAGAUCGUUAUUGCUGUCCACGAGGACGCGGCUUGA